AUGGCUAACGGAGAUAGAAAAGCCAUUACACUAGCAAAACAAGGUCACCAAGUCACCCUGAGUGAUUUGUCCGAGAAGAGCUUGAACAUUGCAAGAAGGAAUGCAGAGAAAGAAGCUGUCCAGCUCAAUGCCAUCAUCCACACAAACGCACUCGGUAUCUCACAGCACGCCCUCCUCAAAGCUGCCCAUGGCUCGUUUGAUAUCAUGCUAUGUCUCGGCCCAUUGUACCACCUCAUCGCGCCUGCGGAGCGCGCAAGCGUGAUCCAAAACUGUAUCUUGCUGGCCAAAUCCGGAGGUUACAUCCUACUCGCAUACGUGACAAUAUACGCCCACCUUCGCGAUCUAGCGAGCCGUGAGCCCUCGCGUUUUGCGCGUGAGUGGCAGUUUUACAGCCAGUAUCUGCAUAGCGGAGCGUACACGCGAAACCUAGCCACCACGUCUUUCCAUGUACAGCCUGCAGAUCUCUCGAAAGAGUUUGCCGCUUUCCGGGAGCAAGUCGAUGUUGAGAAGAUCUUGAGUUGUGAGGGGUUUCUUGGAUCGGGGGGCGCAAAGGGGUUUGCGGCUUUGGAUGAGGCGGAGAUGAAGUGGUGGGUUGAUGUGGUGAUGCUGAGUGCGGAUCGCGUGGAAACGUUGAAUUCUGCUGAUCAUUUGCUUGUGGUUUUGCGUAAGGGGACUUAGUUAUUUAAUUU